AUGGCCUCGCUCAAAAAUCAAAUUGCCGUCGAGUCCAUCGACACCGACUGCUACCGCUCCGUCGCCCAUCCCAUACCUAUGGGCGAUCUGGCUGACUGGGCCUACGGCGGCAACAUCCUGGCCAUCGCGGUCAACGCCGCCUACGCAACCGUCACAGCAGGCCAGCACCUGUACUCCAUCAGUGGCUAUUUCGUGCGACCCGCUAGCCCAUCCCAGAAGCUCAUCUGCCACGUCGAGCGCAUCCGCGACACACGGACCUUCCAAACAAGACAUCUCCGCGUGGUCCAGUCCGGAGAGAAAUAUGAACAGCUAUGUCUGAUUGCAACGGCAGAUUUCCACGUUGAAGAACCAGGUGACAUGGUAAAUUAUUCGAUUCGUCCGCAGCUUCCCGUCCCGUCGUCCCCGGCGGCAGAAACAGAGAGAGAGAAAACGCAAGAACCAGGACUUUAUAGGAUUCUGGACACAAUUAUGGAGCUCCACCCUCACCGCGCUGACUGGGGUGGGAAAGUUGUUUCGGAUAUCGUCUCGGCUGAGCGGUUCCGGGUUCAUGGGGCUCUUCACACCGAGGCUGACCGAAUCGCUGCCCUUGCGUUCUAUAUGGACCGUGGACUUGCGUAUAUUCCGGCUAACCAUUCCGGUUACAGCCUGUCUGAGGCCAGUGCCUGUGCGACCCUAGACUUUGCGCUGCGAAUCUUGACGCAUGAAGUUGAUUUGCAGAAUUGGCAUGUGAGCGAGAGACAGACUUACGGCGCGGGGAAUGCGAGGGCGCUCAGCGAAGGGAGGGUCUUCAAUGGGGAUGGCCGGUUGCUGGCGAGCAUGACGCAGAAGACGAUUCUAAGGGCGAAGAAGGGGACGUCGAGGAUUUGA